AUGGGCAAGGAUGAGAUAUUUGAUGGUGUGAUAUUGGUUUACGAAGUUAAUAUUCCCAGCAAACCUGCGAAGAUCAUAUCAGGAUUAAUUCCACACAUAAGAGUUACAGUAAAAACAAACUUGUUGCUUUUUUCACCUGAGCCAAGCAUGCCAUUAGAGGGCAAGGUUGUGAGGCUAGGGAGGGAAUCAAUUCAUGUCGUUAUGCUUGGGUUUUUUUCAGCAGCUAUAAUGUUCGAAGACAUUCGUGAAGAUCUUAAAUAUAAAAUUGUAAGAAGUUUGUCUGCUAUUAUAAUAGGAUGUUCGCCGCCGACCAGUCUGCCGCCUGCCGGUUGGCCACCCAUCGAUUGCAUCACUGCAGGCUACAACAAGCUAGCAGUCGCGAGCAUAUCAAAAGAACUUUUGGUAAUCAAGAAAGGAGUUUCCAAUAUACUUGAUAGUUGUCACAAUCAUGCUAUAGUACAGUUUGAAUCUUUUCAAGAUCAAAGACAUAGUGUUUCAAAUAUAUUACGAGCACAUGGGCGAGAUAUAGAGGUUUCUUAUCGCACCCGUUUAACAGCAAUGUUGGAUGUUACGCGAUUUCUUUUGAAGCAGGGACUGUCUUUCCGUGGACAUGAUGAGUCAAGUAAUUCUUUAAAUAGAGGAAACUUUCUUGAAUUGCUUCAAUGGUACAGUCAACGAAAUGAGGAAAUUUCAAAGGUUGUUAAUCAAAAUGCUCCCGGAAACAAUCAAAUGAUUUCUCCAACAAUUCAAAAAGACCUUACGCGUGCUUCUGCUUCUGAGAUCACACUUUCCAUAAUCAAAGAUAUUGGAAACAAUGUUUUCUCCUUAAUGGUUGAUGAAUCUCGAGACAUUUCAGUGAAGGAGCAAAUGGGAGUUGUUUUGAGAUAUGUGAACAAAAGAGGACAGGUGAUUGAACGAUUCCUUGCAAUUGUACAUGUAUCUGACACUAGCUCUCGUUCUUUGAAGGAUGCUAUCGAUGCUUUAUUUGUGAAACAUGGAUUAUCAUUAUCUAGACUGAGAGGUCAAGGAUAUAAUGGAGCUUCAAAUAUGCUGGGUGAAUUCAAUGGGUUGAAAUCUCUCAUUUUGCAAGAAAAUCCAUAUGCAAGGGAAGAAGGAUGGCAUAUAAUUAUAGAUAAAGUCAACACAUUUUGUGAGUUGAAUGAUAUCCUAGUGUCGGAGAUGAAAGACAAUUGUUUGAUUGGUGGUCGUAGUAGACGUAGAAAGCAAGUCAUCACCAAUUUACAUUAUUAUCGUGCGGAGAUUUUCUAUCAGGUUAUUGAUUUAGUUAUACAAGAGAUGAAUACUCGUUUUUCAGAAGUUAGCACAGAAUUGCUUAGUUGUAUAAAACUCGUUCGACUUUGUGAUUUAUAUCCUGAGGACUUCUCAACAAAUGAUUGUAUAGUUAUUGAACAACAACUUCAGAAUUUCAUUCAUAAUAUACAACAGGAUCCAAAUUUUUCUGGAAUUGAAGAUUUGGGAAGUUUUGCUCAGAAAAUUGUUGAAACUCUAAAAAUCAAGCUUAUCCAUUGGUUUAUCGUCUGA